AUGGUUGGGUUAGGACCUAGGCGCCAGCCAUCCCGAAAGGGGUCGAUGGCAGAUGUCCCUGAUGAUCUUCUCGAACAGAUCAAGUACUUGGAGAACGUAUUCACGGUGGAUCAGGCUAAGUUGAAAGAGGUGACCAACCACUUCGUCAAGGAGCUGGAGAAAGGAAAGUCACCUGUCCUAUUGCGCCGGUGA